GGUGACGUCACCGGCCGGUAUCGCGCGGGGGAUGCGGCAGUGAGGGAGGCCCUCGCUUUGUGGCAGCAGCGGCGGCGGCGCUCGCUCGCUCCGCGUUUCGAUCGAAAACUCCGCCAGUUAAAAAAAAGAACACUUAGAGAUGGCUCGUCUUUACCUGGGCAAGCUUAGCUACAAGGCGAGCGAGAAGGACAUUGAGCGCUUCCUUAGAGGCUUCGGCAAGAUCGUUGAGAUUAGCCUCAAGAACGGGUAUGCAUUUGUGGAGCUUGAAGAUGGCCGGGAUGCGGAUAGUGCCGUGUACGAGCUGAACGGCCGCGACCUGUGUGGGGACCCGGUGGUGGUGGAACAUGCCCGGGGGCGGCCGGGAGGUGCUUCUUCAAUUUUCGGAGGACGCUCCGGACUCUACAGGCCUCCCAUCCGCACCGAGUACCGGCUCGUAGUGGAGAACCUCUCCACCCGCUGCGAUGCAGAACAGCUGAAGGACUCGCUGCGCCGUGCUGGCGAGGUGAUGUAUGGCGAAGCGCACGUGGAGCGAGACAAUGAGGGCUUUGUGGAGUUCCGCACGUUUGUGGACAUGAAGCGAGCUCUGGACGAGCUGGACGGCAUGGAGCUCUUUGGCCGCAAGCUCAAGCUGAGGGAGGAGCGCUCCAACCGGACGCUACGCGCUAAACGCCGCAGUCGAUCGAGGUCACGCUCGAGAAACCGCCGCCGAAGGCUGAACCGGGCAAAACGGUCGCGAAGCAGGAGUGGCAGGAGGGCGAGACGACGCAGCCGCACACGCAGCCGAUCCAGGUCUCGUUCACCGGCAAAGCGUAAACGAGGCAGGGACAGCAGGUCCCAUUCACGGUCUCGCAGAAAGAAAAGUCGCUCGCGCAGCCGCUCUGUCUCUGUCGGUAAAACAAACGGCAGGAACGGCGGGAAGCGGUCGGCAUCCAGGUCUCGAACAAAAUCUCGGUCUAGGUCCAGGUCUCGCAAGAGGGUCAGGCGAUCGCGUUCCCGCUCCAAGUCGAGGUCUCCUAGACGCGCAAAGAAUGUGCGCUCUCGCUCGAGGUCGAGAUCUCCCAAGCGGGGGAAGAACGCCAGGUCCCGAUCCAGGUCCGCGUCUGUCAAGGGAAGGAAGUUUAGCAGGUCGCGCUCGAGGUCUCCAUCUCCAAAGACCAGGAAAUACUCGAGGUCCCAUUCUCGGUCAAGGUCCCCCAAGGGAAGGAAAAACAGCAGGUCUCGCUCCAGGUCUGUGUCUCCCAAGAGAAGGAAAAAUAGCAAGUCUCGCUCGAGGUCUCGAUCGCUCAGGGGACGGAAGAACAUCAGGUCUCGUUCUCGCUCGAGGUCUGCCAAGGGAAGGAAAAACAGUAGAUCUCGCUCUAGGUCUAGAUCUCUCAAGGGAAGGAAGAAGGUUAGGUCUCGCUCCAGGUCUCCCAAGAGAGGAAGAAAUGCUAGGUCUCGCUCCAGAUCUGUAUCUCCUAAGGCAAGGAAGAUUGCCAGGUCUCGCUCGAAGUCUAGAUCUCCCAAAGCAAGGAAGAACGUGAGGUCUAGUUCUAGGUCAAAGUCUCCCAAAGGAAGGAAAAAUAGCAGGUCUCGUUCCAGGUCUCUAAAGGGAAAGAAAAAAGUCGGAUCUCGUUCUCGGUCACGGUCUCCUAAGAGAGGGAAGAAUGCCAGAUCUCGCUCCAAGUCUCCCGCGGGAAAGAGAGACAGCAGAUCUCGCUCCAGAUCAGGAUCUCCUAAGUGUAGAAAGAACACCAGGUCUCGCUCUGGUUCCAGGUCUCCCGAGGGAAAGAAAGACAGCCCGUCUCGCUCUAGGUCUAGAUCUCCGAAGAAAGAGGAAAAGAUGAAGCCUCUCUCCAAAUCCAAGUCGCCAUCACCGUCGAGGCAGAGGUCUCGGUCUCGCUCCGCGUCUCAGAUAAGGUCAAAGUCGAGGUCUCCCUCCUGCCCGAAACCUGCCUCCAACUCGAGCUGCCCCACUGCCACUAAACAUUAGAAACAAUUGUGGGUUUCUUACAUUGGAUUUUUGAAGGGGUGUUAAAGGGGGUGUUUGUAAUUAUUAUUAUCAAAAACAUUUUUACCGUUUCACUUCACAGGUUAACACUGGCAUUCGUAUGAAUGAAGUAGUAAUCCAUUUAUAGUGAACUGCUUAUUUUUAAUAGAUGUUUGAUUUGUCUGCAUUGAGCCUCUCAUGCUUUUGUGAGUUGUUUUUUUUUCCCCCAUAAGGCAAUCAUUUACGUAGGAGCUUGGUUUGUUGCUGUGUUAAUGAACAAUCUUCAAAAAUGACGACUCCAGGGUUGCAAUAGAUGGCAGCAGGGUCAUACAAGCAUGAAUUCUUUCUCAGCUGUCAUGUGUGCCCUCUUAGUUCCUGUGAAGGGUUAAAAUUAUAGUAAGGUGCCAGUAAGUCACGAAAUUGUGAUUUUAUAAGUCAGUCCUUUCACUCGCCCAAUUGACAACUCGCAGACAUUUUUGAGUGAAUGGCCAUGACGUGUUUUUUUUCGGUACAUACGUGUGUUGAACUUCUUUUGCACUGUACGUAGCCAAUCCUGCUCACUGGAGGUGCGGGGGAAGGACAACAAACUAAACAUAAGAACAGUGCUAAAAAAAUGGUUAAUUUAGAUUUAAAAGUCCAUAGAUCCAGUGGCAUCCUCUUAUUGGAAGGAAGAGCGUUCCAGACGGCCGUGAAAGCGCGCAAUGCAGCGACCGUCUUUGUUCGAUGGUUAGCCAAACUCCACUGCAAGGAUACACAGAACAUAGCAUCAUGUGCUGUGCACAUUUCAGCAUUACAUUUAUUGUACAAUUGAUGCUAUGUCCACCUUGCUUAAUGAGAGCUGUGUGGAGUACUUAACCAGGCAUAUUGCAAUCUUGGAAUUCCUUGUUGCCAAGAAGAUAAUUAUUGAUUUGUAUUAAAGUAAAUUACACCCUUUGCUGUAUACUUCAUUAUAAAAAAUAAAUAAACCGCCUCCACGUGGAA